AACUUAUUCUAUGCUCUAUAAUCAGCCUUAAAUUAAGCUGUAACCACUCGAGGAAGCGAAUUAGAACUUAUUGCAUUUAAAACUAAUUAUACAGGCGGGGAAUUAAUUUGGUGUACGGUAGGGGCUUGCUCCGCCUUGGCUGGGAAACGCCAUAUCAGUGUUGACGCGGGAGUGUUCGGAACUGCGUGUCCAUGUGUGGUGACUUGUGUUGACGAUGUCGAUUUUGUGUUGAGGAUUGUUGAGUAUGGUGCUGGAAGGUGGACUACCAGCUCCGUUGCAGCUUUAUGCUGCUGCGGCGGCAGGGUUAGGUCCGAGACCAGCCUGGCCACCGUUUUUACCGUUUUUUGGAGUCCCAUCCCCAUUUUUGGCGAGGCCGCGGCUGCCUCAUCCUUUACCAGGGCGAGCGCCCCAUGGACCCCCAAGUGAAGACUCUAAUGAAGACGGCGGCAGUAGUAAAGGAGUGGGCGAUGAUGACGGAGACAGCGGUAAGAGAAGACGGUCACGGACCAACUUCAACUCAUGGCAGCUGGAGGAGUUAGAGAGAGCAUUCAUGGCGUCGCAUUACCCAGAUGUCUUCAUGAGAGAAGCGCUGGCAAUGAGGCUGGACCUCAAAGAGAGUAGAGUUGCGGUAUGGUUCCAAAAUCGUCGAGCGAAAUGGCGCAAGAAGGAGCAUACCAAGAAAGGCCCAGGUCGGCCGGCGCACAAUGCUCACCCACAGUCGUGCUCAGGAGAGCCAAUACCACCACACGAGCUACGAGCCCGCGAGAGGGCGAGAAGAAGAAAGAAGCUGGCAAAAGCACUAGAGAGACAGGCGAGGAAAUUACGCGCAAAAGGUAUUGCAGUAGACCUCGAGGCUCUUAAAUCCGAAUAUCUUGCCCAGCAUCGAAACACUGGCCUUUACUCAGACUCAGAUGGAGAAAUAGACGGAGAAGAGUGUAUGAUUGACGUAGUAGGUGGAGACUCUUGCCAUGAUUCAGGGCCAGAAGACUUCUCCUUGGCUGGCAGAUUAAGAGCACCAGGCACUGAUGUUAUCAACAACUCUGAUAGUUCAACGUCAGAUGGCCAUUCUGGGAGAAACUUCAGCCCACUUCCAGAUCCACAACCAUCAUUCUUUAAGCAGUUCGGAGCCGCCGCAGCAAAUUUCGACAAGUUCGACUUCGACUCUGGUCGAGCAGUGUCCUUAGACUUGAGUGGAACUUCAUCGACGGAACAAGAUCUGACGAAAAACGUUGGUACAAGGAAAUACAGUCCAUUCAGUAUAGAAUCAUUGCUUAACACGUGAAAAGAGGUUUAAGGUUUAGCAGUGGCGUUUUGUAAUGUUCCUUUGUUUAUACAAUAACUUGUAGGAAUAGUUUAGGCUUUGACAAAGAUGUGGUUAAAUUUCAACAAAUGGUAAAACACAUAAUUGUAUGUGUAUUAUCGAUAUCUCAGAUAUCUUUCAAUUUCAUAAUUGAGCAUACGGUUUGAAGGACAACAAUUGCGCCACAUUUUCAAAAUGCCAAGACCCAGUAAUAAAGUUCCUCUGUACAAGAUUGUCUUGGAUUUAUCGUUUGGUACGUGUGGCAAUUCUUAAGUGAAGUGACAUAUUAUGAAUGGCUUUAGAAAUUCAAGCGUCGCUUCGGUAAAAAUAAUCAGAUCUUUUCAAAGCGCAAACUUGAGUAUCAUUAGUACCUAAUUAUCAACUUGAUUUAAAGACUUAAUAGGUACUACUUAACAUAUCCGUGUGAAUAAUAAUGUAGAUUUUGUAAUAUAGUUGAUGUAAAUAUUAAUAUUUAUUUGUACGUUAUAUUGUAUUUGGGGCAAUAAGAGAAUUAGGUAUUUGUUAAUAGUUUUUAUUUUAAAUUUUAUUGUUAAUUUUUAAUGUUCACACAACUUUGACACAGAAACUACGCCGUUAUAUAAAAUUAUUAUUCCAUUUUAAUGCUUUGACAUGCCAAUUUGGUAUAUUAUCAAAACAAUACUCGGAAAUAAUUCUCGUUGAACAAAAUUUUAUGAUAAGUGUAAUAUGUAAAUAAUCAUAUUUGAUUUAUUACAUUCUAAUAGAAAAUAUGUCCGUACUAUGGGAAUAUUACUUUGUAGAUGAAAAUGUGACAUGAUGGGGAAAAUCCGUGCAGUAAGCGAGUUAUACAAGCCCCUCAUGGCAGUUUUAAAAACUAUCUCAUAUUUCAUAUAUCCAUUAUUAUCGAAAAAGAAAAAGUCGGAAUUUUACAAAUAUAAUUGGUACGAAAAGAGCGACAUCUUAAGUCAAUCUCCUAUAUGCAGUUAUUGCGAUUGCGCAGGUUAUCAACUAGGUCUUGAAUAUGGUGCCACAGCCCGAGAGUUUAAGAAACAUAGCAUGAUUUAUGGAUCAUGUAUUGUAUUUAUUACUUGUAUUAAUUAAGAAUUAAAAAAAAGUAAGAAACUUAAAAGAAUAUACGUAAACCACAAGACCAAGUAAGUAUACCUUCACCAAACUUCUAGAUCGCUAUGACGUUGUUGCAAAUAGUUGCACAGUAACAGCAAUGUAUCUGCGCAAACAGCUGCGCGUGUCAGCUUCAGAGCAAACUUGAAGUUUUGCGAGGGUUAUACCAUCCUCACUGUAUGGAUGCGUUACGUUCCACAGUUGUGUUUUUACAUC